AAGUGUGUGCCUUGCGGUGUUGCAAUGCUGAUCAGAUGAUUGCAACAAUAGAAAUCACGUGGGAGUUCACUAAUGACCUGGUGAGUAAUCACAUCUGCGAUAGUCAGGACUGAUAGCAGCAGUCUGGUGAAAGCUCAGAGUGAUCAGUUGUGUGGCGUUGAUGAUGACCAGGUGAGUUAAUGCAGCGGCAGCGUUCAGGUCACUUGAAUCCGGUGUCAUCGGAGAGCACAACGCCGGAUACAGAGAUCCUCCUGUCCUUCAGCCCCUGUCAACCUUUCUCCGAACCCGAGGACCUCGCCGGGACAGACUGCACAGGCGUGGCCGCAUGUUUGACAGUCAAGUUUCAUAAAAAUAACAGACACAUCAGUCACUACGUAAACUAUGGGAGACAUGAGGGCAAUGAAUUCCAUUACAACAACAGCUUGCAGACACUGUCUGUUUCAUAUUCUGUGUUAGAGGACACCUACCCCCUGACUGUGGUGCACUACCACUGCAGUGUGAACCGAUCCACCGCCUUCGCCCUACACCUCGGCGGGGACAUUCCCCUCCAGAUCUGGGUGGAGAGUCCCUGUGCCUGUCCCAACGCCUGCGCCUUGGGUGAUGUGGGUCCGGGCACCAUCUUUCUUAUCGUCCUCUCCCUCAGUGCCACCGCCUACUUCAUUUUGGGGUCCUGUGCUCUGCGGCCUUUCAGGACAGGCAGUGGAGUGCAGAUCGCUCCGGAGGAAAGUGUGUGGUGCAUGGUCUGUUACAAGUUCACCGAAAGCCGAGGGGUUGAGAGGGCGGCGACGAGGAAAAGGAGGUACAUCUCCUUAGGAGAGGAAACCCUGUGAAGGUUGGGAGAUGGUGUUGUAGAAAAGUCCCCACCCCGGCCAAAACAUCAUUCAAGUGGCUGCCAAACGUAUUAGAACCAAGGGAGGAUUUGAUUAGUG